CUUCUUCAUAUCAAUCACAGAAACAUACUUGAAUAACCUCUAUGCAUUGGUAUGGGUUUACGGUCAAGAUGCUGGCGGAAGUAUGGAAGCUUUAUGACUGCAUCUUGAUUAAGAAACCACCUGGAUCUGUCCUAAAUGCCAACUCUGUAGAGAUUCCUGAACUGAAGUUAUUAUGGGAGCUGACUGGAGAUUCAUCAGAAAUUUUAAGCAGAUUGUGUUGUAAUUGCUUGGUAGAACUAGUUGUUGAUAAUCAUGCUGAAUUGGAAUACAUCUUGAGAGGAGUAUUAAGUGUUGCUCCAUCUGCAAGAAAUCUGGUCGGUAUAACAAAAGCCUUGAGUUGUUUGCUCACCUUUCAAGUUUAUAAAUGUACUACAGCUGGUAUGGAUUAUUUCUGCCCUUUUUCCUUGAGGGCCUCUCCCCACCCAUUUAUUACACUACUGAUAAGUCGUCCUGAAGGUGCAACAAUCCUGAUCCAAGAAGUCAAUGUGUUACUUGUAAACAGUGUUAAAAGAUAUCUCAACUGUGAUCCUCAAUUUAUUCUUCGGAUGCUGGAAUCAUUUUUCAAGUUUGUUCUUUUGGAUCCAAAUGUCACGGUUAAUUGGUUUACUAGGCAGCAAUUUUUAACAACUCUCUUGCAAACAGCCAGUGUUAUACUGCAGUGUACAGAAAAAAAUCACAAUCAUGAGGAAGUUGCUGAAAGAAAAAAGCUUGUUGAGGAUAUUGUUGAUUUAUUGGCAUCUCUUGUUCCCUGCUUCCAGAUUGAUGGCAAAUCUCUCAGUCAUACAACUUUUCUUGUUCACAGUCUGACAUACUGGUUACUAGAACAUAGCAAUUUUUUCCCUGGUGGUAAGAGCCAUUUGGAGCUGAUGGUGAAUCAUUUGUUUUCUUUGUGUUGUGAGAGUCUGUCUUUUGGGUCUGAUAUGACAACAUCCAUCCUCUUAUUACAAACAUUUCAACUGCAUUGCCCACAGGCCUUCUUGCAAUUAUAUAUCUUACCAACCUUGAGCAAGCUUCUUCUGAAUUCAGCAGAAGACUGCUGCAUUCAUAUUCUCCAGCUCUGUUUGUCAACAAUGCAAAGUCAAUUAAAACAUUUCAAGCCAGAGUGUCUGUUUCUUCCUAUCAGUCAUCUGUUUCUUGUGCAACCAAUACUUCAAAUUAUAACAUCCCCACCCAGGCAGACAUUCAGCACAAAGAUGCAGGGCAGCACUGGGCAGUCUUUACACAGUAAAGCUCUCCAGAUCCUAGGAUUUGUGGAACACAAUGUUCUUCCCCUUAUAAAGCAAAACCAAACUACCAGUAAGGCUACUGGAAAUACUCAGCACUAUUCUUCAUCUCUCAGUUUAUGUAUCAGACAAAUGACAGCCUGUGCUGAAGAAAUGAUCACCUUAAUUGGAAACACCAAAUCUACAAAGCAAUGGCUGAGCAAUUUACAGAACUCAGUAGCCUCACACUAUCGCCUGCUGAGUCAUGUUCCUUUAAUGUUGUCUGCACUGUUGGUGACUUCACAAGGAUGUCUUGCUAUGGAGGUCUUGGAAGUCAUUCCAAUUCUUGCUAAGGCAGAUCCAUCCCAGGCUCUUACCUUCCUGCCAUUACUACUCUACAAACUUAGUAAAGAAGUCGAUCCUGAAGUGAAACAGCAUGCUCUGUACACAAUACCACAACUUGCUUCUCAUAAGUUUUGUAUAGGCCCCGUGUUACAUACGAUUCAGACGAUAGGAAAGUGCCCUCCUCUUAAACCUGUGUAUCUGAGACUGAUUUGCAAGUUGUGGCAGUUAAAUAACCGAGUGUUCCCGCACCUUCAGCAAGCACUGAAUGUAGUAAUUGACUCCAGUUUGGGAGGUAAAUUGAACUUGGAGAUUAAGAUUGCUCAAGCAGCUUGUUUAUUGGACAUCUGCAAGCUUAGACCCUCUCAGCACGGUGCAGAUCUACUCAGUUUGCUGUCCAAAUUGCUGGAUGAGAAUACAAGACCAGGCGAGACUGAAAACACUCCCUCUGCGUUAGUGGUAUCACUAGCACUGCAAGCCCUGGAGCAGCUUUGUAAAGCUGAGGUUGUGGAUCUGUGCACCGGGUGGAAAGUUCUUUCUGUGAAGCUUGGCGUGGACAGACGUCCCCAAGUUCUGUGCAGUAUAUGUCAGUUGUUCAGCAUCGUCCCCCACCUGGUCUCUAACUCUUCAGCUUAUCUGAAUUUUAAGAAUGAAGCACUUUCCUUUCUUUGGUCGCUAACGCAACAUAAGGAGUCACCUGUCGCUCAUGCUGCUUUCACGACUUUGUCGAAAUUUCAUCCAUCAGAUUUCAAGCUCAUUCAUCUUCCUUCAAAGAUCCACCUUCCACUGAAAGAAAAAAUUCUGGCGUCUAAGAAACUUGAUAGCAACGCGGACGAAGAAGAUGGUGAUGUCGCUGUUCAACAAAACAUUGAUAACUCAACACCCCCAGGGAAUGCUUAUGUUGAGCUUCUACAGAUGGUCAAACAAGAUGUACUCCCAGGCUAUAAGAAGUUAAUGACAAACAUGAUCAGCUUGGAAGUUGCAUCUAUGCCACGGGGCCUGGGUCACACUGUUUUACAUGCUUCGUCGUCACACGAGAGGAAUUUGCAAUCCAUACCAAAAUUUUUGAUGUCACACUAUGAGAAGUCGAAAUCACCUGGAUUAAACCAAGGACUUGCAGCUGGAAUACUGUUUAGUUUCGAACCUCCCUUCGAACAACACGAAGGAAAACGUGCCAGAAGAUACACGGUUGAUUGUGCCCGUACAUACAGACAGAUGUUAGAUUCAUUACUUUACGAAGUCCCAGUGCAGCCAACUGAAUGGCACAGAACAUUACUACUGCCUCAGGCAUGGUUAGCCUUUAUGAAUCGCUCCUACAAGGCUUGUGUGGAGGGUCGUAAGGCUGAGCUUGAGAUGCAGCAUAGCCAUGGUCAUUUUCAGAGUAUGGAAGAACUAAAAACAAGACAGUCCAAUUGCUGGCUUUGGGUAAGAGAUCAGAUCACUGAACGACUUAAAGCGGCGUCAAGAGGUAACCCGUCUGUGCAAGGUAACUCAGUGCUUGCUUUAGCAGGGCUUGCACGGGCUGUGUCGAUAUAUGUAGGUCAGCAGACUUCUUCAGAGACCACAGAACAAUAUCAGCGGAACAACGAUUGGCUGAGCGUGGUGACUGACACAGUAAUGGUGGUGUUGGAUGGUAAUUAUAAACCGAAGGGUCCUACUCUGGUUUGGUGUCAACAGGUGUCUUCACCCACCUCCACUGCCAGUUCGUUGUUAGCUCGCUCGUGUGCUGCGCUGUCCAUGUCACUUUUGGUUCCUUGUCUUGUCAUACUUGACUCUGAUAGAAUUUACGACAUCACUGAGCUGCUGAAGCAAAGGAUUCCAGGACAAUCCAAAUCCGGUAGCUCAGCUGUUUUACAGAUGUCUUGUUCUGUGGGACUUGGUCUGUUCCUCAGCAAACUCUAUGAAGAACAUUUCAGCGACGCUUACGGUAAAGAGGGCUAUUUACUGUUGUCUACAGCUUUAGAUGUUUUGGAGGAGACUGCUUUUUCAAAUGACCUGGAUAACACGGAAGGCGCGUGUCUCGGUGUUGGACUCGCUGCAUCCUCUUUGUGUAAGGAAGGUCUUAUUGACUCCAGGGUUCACGUCACAAAUCUUUAUCACAAACUUGUUGACAGUGUGAACGAGCAGUGCGAUGACCCUGAUCAAAAACUUCAGUGCCUAUCUUAUAGUGUAGCGUGUGUCUGUGUAAACGCGUUCCACACGAGCCUGUUGUCUGCUGAUCAAGCUUUGCAGUGCGUCGACACAAUUCAAAAGUUGUCAGGCAAAUACCUUGAGGUUUGCGGUAUUUCUUUAUCGCUCGGGUUGCUUCUUCAUGGACUUGUGUCAUGUGGUCAUGGUGGAGCCAUUGAGUUGGCCAGAGAAAUUGGCAAGGACUGGCGAAGUGUUCUUGAAAAUAAGGAUGUUUCUGAGCGACGGCAACUGUCGGCUGUGAACGGAAUCGUAGCACUACUUGGGUCUGAGCAGGGGUUGUUUACCGUGGAUUCUUCUACUUCUGACGUCGUAUUUCCUUCUCAAAGUGGGGGAAGCAUCAUUAAAUUUCUCCAAAAGUUUGUCUCAUCGCCAGAAGAUGUUGGUCUUAGUUUUAAUACUGCCUGGCUUCUUGGUCAUCUGUACAGUGCACUCACUUCUAGCUCAGUCAGUGAUACAAGUGUUCCAAUAAACUACAGCUACUUGUCAGAGAGGAGUAUUUUGCGACUGCUCUUUGAAUUUCUUAACCAGUCUGGGAAGAUAGGUCCUCAUUCGAGUUUCGGUGGAGGAAGGGUGGCUGUAGUCUUAGAAUCAUUGGUCAACGGUCCUCAAGUCGCACUACCGCCAGUGAAUUGGGUGUCAGUACUUGGACCAAUCAUGAGGGCUAAUUUUGGGGAGGAUACAAGGCAGUUGUGUAUUCGGCUUGCAGUGACCCAAGCCCAGUCCUCCUCCAAUUUGUCCUCGUUCUUGUCGUCUCUGCUUAGUAGUGUGAUGUUUGAGGGCCUGGAGGAUCGGUGCAAAAGAGAGCUGCUGAAAAAUUUGUCAAGACUGGUUUAUGUCAUUUCCUCUUCCAAGAUGAAAGAGUUCCUUGAGGAAGUGUUAAGAGAGUUAUGGAGAAAUAGCAUGGACUGUACCCAGAGGAAGACCAUUUUAGAAGCUUACCUUUCAGUUCUUAGUUUAAAAGAACCUCCCACUUCUGUGAUCGGAUGGACCAUAACAGCCCUGGAGCACAUGUAUAAUGAUGCGUUUGGUGCAGAGAAGAGUGAGAGUGAAUGCUUGAGGUUGUUUACUCGCUGUUUUGCACUGAUCCCUUUGGAAGACGUGAAACGCAUUUUGCGGAACACACAAGCCACAGACACCAAUGAUUUAUUUCUGCGUUGUUGCAUGGUUCGAGAUGGUAUCGCUCCGGUGAAGUGGCUUGCACCAUGUUUUGACUUUAUUUUAAGUUCCGGCCUCAUUGGAACAAAGUACAAGGAAUUCCUUUGCAGUGUUGUCCCACUCAUAAUUGAUUCUUGUACCAAAAUGAAGUAUGAUGAGAGACAGCAUUGGUUCUUGGAACUGAUUGGUCAGUUUAAAAAUGCAGUUCAGCUUUCGUCGGAAACUUCGUCGCAUCAGACCGUAAUGAAAUCUUUGACUUUGUUGUCACUUGUGUCCGCUGCUUGGUGUGACGUGCCUAUCCUUCAAGGUGUUGAAUCACCUUUUUCGACUUGCCCACCCUUUGAUGCAACGUAUUGUGGCUCAAUUGAGAGGUUCCCAUAUCUACUGCCACUGACAUUGUCAACUUUGUUGGGGAAGGAGCCCUGGAGGCAAAUCGCGGAAAAGGUAAUAGACUGGCUGUUAUCCUUAAGAGGGGAUCUCAGGCUUAAAACCGAAAAUGUACAUCAUAUGCUUAUACAUGAUACACUUAUUUCUUUGCGGGAGACAGAAGCAUAUAGAAAAACAGCGUUGUGGACUGAAGUAGUUGCUGAACUCCACCCUAAGUAAAUCGAGGAGGACUGGGCCAGGGAUAUCUUGGAGCUUCACGGUCCAUUUCAUGAUACACAUUGAGAAGCUGCUUUAAUUUCAUCAGCAUUGAGUGAAUACCACUAUCCUGAUCAUGGCUGCGAUCAAAGGCGGCGGCGAUAUGAGAAGUUGGACCCUGGGUUACAUAGUGCUGUAAAAAUAGCGAAAAAUGAAAUGCCAGUUACAGUAUGACUCUAUGUCGUUAGCUCUACAGUGUCUCUGGGGAAUAACGUACUAUUAUGGCACAGGGGUUUAGGGGUUGGCCUGCCAUGUAGUUGCUAUAUCACCGGGAUCAGUUCAACACUAAAUAUCCAAAUAUUUUUUGGCUACCAACAGCCUUGAGGUAAUUGACUUCAAUCUAUUUAGUACCGAAUCGCCGUUAUGGUAUUUA